UCAAUUCAACAAACACAUAUACACCUAUACAUACACACACAUAUAUAUAUAUACACCCACUUUCAUUUAAAGGAUUUAAAACAAUUCAAGAACCUCUAACAGAUUGGAUUUUUCUACAAUGGAUCCGUGUCCUUACGCUCGAAUAAUCGUCGGAAGUCUAGCCUUAAAGUUUUCCGGCGCCGGCGCCGGAGCUGCUCCGGCGGCUUACUGCAAGAUUAAACUGAAAAAUAACCCGACCCAGAUAGCGGAAAUUACUUCUAUCACAGAUGGUGAAGUGAAUGAUCAAGUUCAAGGGUGUUUUAAUUUGAAAAAAUCGGAGUUUGAGAAAGCGAAUUUGUUAAAGAUUGAGGUGUAUUCGGGUCGGGUCAAGAAUAAACCGGUUUGUGGAUUCGGGUCGGGUAAGUUGUUGGGGAUUGUGACGGUGGGUUUGGAUAGUGAGUCGGUUUGUCAGAAUGGGUGGGUUGAUAUUGGUGAUGGGAAGAUGGUUCAAUUGCAUUUGAGUAUUCGGGUCGAACGUGACCCGAGAUUCGUAUUUGAGUUUGAUGGUGAACCCGAAUGUAGCCCGCAAGUUUUUCAAGUUAAUGGGAAUGUCCGCCAAGCUGUUUUCACUUGUAAAUUCAGUUUCAGAAAUAACAGAGAACACAAUUUGAGAUCCGACUCGUCUUUAUCGGAAUCAAAAAACGGAAAAAGUUGGUUGAAAUCGAUAAGAAGUGAAAAAGAAAAGCCGGUGAACGAGAGAAAAGGAUGGUCAGUAACUAUCCAUGAUCUCUCGGGAUCGCCCGUUGCGAUGGCGAGUAUGGUAACACCGUUUGUCCCAUCAAACGGGACAAACAGUGUCAGCCGGACGAAUCCAGGUGCUUGGCUGGUACUCAGACCAGGCCACAACACCUGGAAGCCGUGGGGCCGUUUAGAGGCCUGGAGGGAGCCUAAACAAAAAGACUCCCUCGGUUACCGGUUUGAGCUACUUCCUGAUGCAACGAUCAGUGGGCUCGACCCGGUAACUUUAUCGACAUCCACAAUAAAUUCAAAAACGGGUGGAAAGUUUGUUAUUGACAUGAGUAAUGGGAGUUCGCCCAUGUCAACCCCAAACGGGAGUUUCGGGUCCGGGUCAGGAUCCGGGUCGGAGUUUGAAUUCGGGUUGUGGGCACAUUUGAUGUACCAAGGGUUUGUGAUGUCAUCAUCGGUUGGGGAGAAGCCGGAGGUUGAAGUAGGGGUACAGCACGUGACAUGCACGGAGGAUGCGGCUGCGUUUGUUGCAUUGGCGGCUGCUAUAGAUUUGAGUGUGGAUGCUUGCCAGCCGUUCUCUAGGAAACUCCGAAAGGAACUAAGGCAUGACGGCGAAUGAUUAGUCUUUUGUUUUGUUUGAAUUUUUGUUUCUUGAAUCUUCUAGAAAAGAGUGUACAGUCAAAGAAAGUCAAAUUUCAUAUUUGUUUUGCUGAGUGUUGUUAUUGGGGAGAUCGAUGAUUGUUUUGUACAGUUUAUUAGUUUUUGGAGAAACCAAUUUUUAGAUGGUUUGAUUAUUAAAAAGAUUCAUGAUUUUGAGAA